AUGGCCGCCAAGCGCCGCGGAGCGGGCGCGCCGCCGGGGGCGAAGCGCGGGAAGCGGGAGGCGCGCGCCGAGCUGUGCGCGGCCCUCGGGGACGCGGCGCUGCGGGAGCGCGCGGGGGCGGCCUGGGCCCGCGGGGAGCGGCUGCAGCACGGUACGGCACGGUACGGCCUGGUACGGCCCGGCAUGGCCCGGUACGGCCCGAGGCGGCGGCGCUGGAGCCGGCCCCGUUCCGGCACGCCGUCAUCCCCGGGUUCCUGGCGGGCGCGGCCUUCGCGGAGGCGCUGCGGGACGAGCUGCUGGGCCUCGGCUUCCGCGGGCGGCACAACGACCUCCUCUCGCUGCGGCAGGAAUGCUCUCUGUGAAGAAUUCCGACCGUGGCUUUCUGCUGUGACCCAGAUAGAGCUGGAGCCAACUAUUGACAUCUCUUGUGCUAAAUAUGAGUAUACUGAUGUGUUGCUGUGCCACGAUGACGAGCUGGAAGGUCGGAGAAUCGCCUUCAUCCUGUACCUCGUCCCAGCCUGGGAGAGCAGUGACGGGGGAACGCUGGACCUGUUCAGCACGGACGAACACCUUCAGCCACAGCACAUCACCAAGUCAUUAGUACCUUCGUGGAACACGCUGGUUUUCUUUGAAGUGUCUCCAGUCUCUUUCCACCAGGUGUCCGAGGUCGUGUCGCGGAAGUGCCGCCUGUCCGUGAGCGGUUGGUUCCACGGCCCGGCCGUGCCCAGACCCACACGCCACGCUGAAGCUCCCUUGCCCAGGAGCCCCCACAUCCCCUACGAUCAUGAAAUACUGUAUGAGUGGAUCAAUCCAGUUUAUUUGGACAUGGACUCCCAAGCUCAAAUCCAGGAGGAAUUUGAGGAACGAUCAGAAAUUCUCCUGAAAGACUUUCUUAAGAAAGAGAAAUACCAACUACUCUGUGAAGCAUUGGAGAACAAAGAGAUCCAGUGGAGCAGUCGGGGGCCUGCCAAUAAAAGGCUCUAUGAGGCAGCAGAGGAGGUCAGCCUCCCUGACACCCUGAAGAAAUUCCUGCAGCUCUUACGCUCCGAGGCCUUGUUUUUGCUGCUUUCCAACUUCACUGGCUUAAAGCUGCACUUCCUGGCUCCCUCUGAUGAGGAUGAAGAUGCUGGGGAAGGACGAGCAGCGGACACUGCUGGGCACAGAAGUCCCAAACCCGAGCAGGAAGAAGCUGAACAACAUGCUGAGGGCAAUCCCUGUGAGCCAGAGCAGCCUGACAGCUCUGGUGAAGCGCAGGACGGCGAGACACGGAGCAGCUCGGGUGCCCCGGUGUGUGCGGGGGAGCUGCGGCGCUGGACCCACGGGCACUACACUCUGGUCCACGACACUCAAGCAACAGAGUUUGCUCUCGACCUGCUCUUCUUCUGUGGCUGUGAGGACUGGGAUCCUGAAUAUGGUGGCUUUACCUCCUACAUUGCCAAAGGUGAAGAUGAAGAGCUGUUGACAGUGAAUCCAGAGGACAACUGCUUGGCCUUAGUUUACAGAGACAAAGAAACUAUGAAGUUUGUGAAAUACAUCAACCAUCGUAGCUUGGCACGCCUGAACAAGCAUCCAAACAGAACAGGAUUUUGGGAUUUUUCCUUUGUCUAUUACGAGUGAUGGUGCAGAGUGUGACACUGUCACAGGAAAUGGUGGUGGGUGGUGGGCAGGUUCCUGUCCAGGCAUUCAGCUGGGACCUAAGUGCAGACAAAGGUUGCUGAUGCAGCUUCAUCACGCUGCAUACUGUGGGGUCUAGGUGGCUUUUUUACCUGUACAAAUGAAAUUCAGUCUCCUCCCAAGUCCACUGCAACACACACCCUGAACUGCUUUUAAUGCUAUGUGGAGAGGGUUGUCCCACAACCAUCAGCUUUCCAGCUGUGCUCUCAUAGGAGCAGCACAGUGGUGUCUCUGAGCUGUCAGGGUGAGAAUUACAACUGUACAUUGCCCCGAGCUGAUGACUGUUUUUAUUAAAAAAGAAAAAAAGGAAAUGGGUCAGUUAAAUGCUUCAAA